UGCUCCUCAGCUUUAGUAUCACGGUCCAGGCAAACUAAUCUGCAGAACUGACCUGUUCAUCACAAUGAAGCUGCUGUUUUCUCUGUUUCUCCUCUGGGCACUCUCCACCACGGCUGGAGCCCUUCAGUGUCAAACCUGCACAGAUUCGACGUGUUCAAGCACAGUACCAGUUACAUGCUCCUCAUCGGAAACAAUGUGUGUUACAGCUACCAUUCUAGCUACUUCAUCUGGAACUCCGGUCACACAAAUCUACAAGGCAUGUGUAUCUUCCUCCCUGUGUCCAGCCGUAACCUCUCAGACACUUUCAGUCAACCUGGGUUUUCAAAGUGCUCUGGCUUCUGCUCAAUGCUGCAGCACAGAUAACUGCAACUCAGCAACUCUACCAAAUCCUGCUUCUCAGUCAAAUAAUGGUGGAGUAUGCAACUUCUGUGACCCUUCCACUGGUCAGUGCUCCUCCACAUUACAGUGUCAGGGAGUGGAGAACCAAUGCUUCCAAUCAAUCAUCAAAAGCAGCACCAGCACGUAUCCAGCUCAGGGCUGCGCAUCUGCAAACCUGUGUGCAGUUGCUUCAAGCCUGGGAUCUCUACCUUUCAUGCCGAGCGUUGGUACCGUAUCAGGUGUUACCUGUUUGACAGCACCAACUACAACUGCUGCCCCAACUACAACCAUCCCCCCAACUACAACUACAACCACUGCCACAACUACAACUACAACCACUGCCACAACUACAACCACCACCCCAACUACAACUACAACCACUGCCACAACUACAACCACCACCCCAACUACAACUACAACCACUGCCACAACUAAAACCACUACCCCAACUACAACUGCAACAACUGCCUCUACAACCAAAAGUGACGCUUGUUCUAUCAGACUGGGAAUGAUCCAUCUGCUGCUUGGACUCCUUCUCUUUACCUUUCAUUAAAGUCCCGAAUAACACAAAAACAAACAAAAGAACAUAUGAUGCUUUAACAAGACUCAAAAACCUUUUGGAUAUUAACCUUGUGUUUACAAACCACUGUUAAAGUGAAGUCCAUGAAAAAAGGCGAUAGAGUCUUGUUGAAGCUGACUUGGAAUAAGUAUGUAAGACUUCUUUGUUUGUUGUCAUGAUGGACAAUUAUGUCCAUUAUGCCCAAAAUAAAUGACAUUAUUCAUUACAUUUAUUUGACAUAUAUACAUGUAUAUUCCUCCAUGUAUGCAAAUGUAUGCAAUUUAUUUAAUACUAAAUGGGUGACACAACUGAAUCCUUAUAGCAAUAACAAAGCAUGCUUUGGAAAUAGAAGAAAGAAGGAGAAUUUCCAUUUCUUAUUUAUUCAUUUAUUUUGCUUUGUGCUUUUUAUUUUCUGCAUGUCUCUCUUUCUAAUCUGAUCUAUAUUACUAGUGAUCAAUGGUGGAUCUGCAAGGGUGGAUCUACAAGGGUGGCAUGUGCCCACCUAAAAAUAGUCUCUUGCCAUCCCUAGUGGCACCCAAGUUUUGCAGUGUUGUUUAUUAAAAUAAGCUAACAUUAACCCUUUGAGCUUAGCUACAGUUACAGUUAACAAUGACAGAGUGGGCAAUACAGUAAGUUUGCACCUCCUUUUGUCAGACCUGCAGGGUUUAAGCUUGUGGUGUUCUCCUCUGUCUUAUGGCAGACAAACUAUUUUUUUGCACUGGCACAAAUAAUUUGUGUGGCAUCUUACUAUGACACCUGAUUGUUGUCUAAUUUUUGUUUUAGUAGUUUUAAAUGGCAAAAAACUCCAGUUACAUUGGCUGCAUUUUUAGGUAAAGAGUUGUAUAGAACUUUAUUGUUUACAAAAUUUGGGUGUAGGUCUUUAGAAUUUAGGAAAUUUCUGUAGUUCUGCCCCUGCUGAUGAUAAAGAUACAAUAAAGCCCUUGUCCUAUA